AUGUGGACUUUCGAUGGAAAUCUCAAUGAUUUCUAUGGUAUAUUUAAUGCUGGUCCUGACAAUGGCAGAACAGCUACCUAUGUCUAUCCAGGUUACACAGGCUAUGGUGGUGCAUUAAGUUUAGGUCUGCAUGGUACAAGUCAAUCCGUUUCAAUUGCAACAUUCCUCAGUAUAUGGCAUGUUAGUUUCACAUUAGAAGCGUGGAUCUAUCCAACAGCUUUUAGUUGGACCUAUGGAGGGAGUCCCGACAAUGCUCUGUUCGGUCAAUGUCAGUCACAAUCUACGGAUCGAUGUUUGCAUAUUAUAUUGAGAAGCCAACGAAUUUAUUUUGGUUUCUAUGGUGAUGAUUUGCAGGGCAAUAUCGCAUUUCAAGCGAAUCAAUGGUAUCACGUUGCCUAUGCCUAUGAUCAAAGUACACGACAACAAUACACGUAUGUGAAUGGAGUCAUUUUUGAACUGCUUCAUGAUGGACAGGCGGGAAAUUUUACAAUCGGUAUGUCAACUCAAAUCAAUUCACCUAAUAAUUACUUCCAAGGUUACUUUGAUCAAAUGAGCAUAGUUGCCUAUUGUAAGACAGCUGCACAGAUUCUAGAUGACGCUACUCAUGUUGUCUAUUACAAAUUUGACACAACACCCGGUAUGACUAUUGAUAGUGGACCACUGUACAUCAACGGUAUAAGCAACGGUGUUUCACUAACAUCUUCACCAUCGAAAGUCAAUCAAUCACUGUACUUUCCAAGCGGAACAAGUUAUUAUCAAUUUCAAGGGCUUACCUAUUUUGGCCAUUCCGGUUGGUCAUAUUCUAUUUCACUUUGGAUAUAUCCUUUAUCGAGUUCCGGUGGUACGAUAGUUCAUGCCAGUGGUGGUUACGGCACAGAUGGCGUCGGUAAUACCGGUUGGUGCUUACCAAUGUUGGGAUUUUCAUCUUCGGGUGCGCUCUAUGCUCAAACAACAAGCUCUACAUCGACACUUAUUGUCUUGACAGGACCUACAGUGACAUUGAACAGCUGGACAUAUGUUACAAUAACAUAUUCCACUACAAAUGGUUUACGUCUGUACACCGAUAGUACACUGCAGAGUUCUAGUACAACAGCAUUUACAUUUAUCUCAUCAGGAUCACCGAAUACAAUUACACUGGGUAAUGGUUUGAGUGGUGCUAGUAGUAUUUACUGUCCACAAGGAUCAAUAACAAGUGCACAGUAUCAAGGUUAUAUUGAUUCAUUUAGUCUAUAUUCAAGAGAACUGACUACAGCAAAUAUAGCCACAUUAUACACUACGCCACAGCCGUAA